AUGUACACUGCAAUCUCGCCGUCGCCUUUUCGCAAGACAAAGCUCGGGAAGCGCCCCGCGCCGUACGCCCGGGCUGCUGCCCCCAAGAAGCGUUCCGCAAAAGCAACGACAGCGGUCGCAACCCCGUCGCCAAUCGUCCGAGCACCACCACCGCCGACGCCCCUCGUUCCAGCGACGCCAGUGCCAACGCUACCAACGACGUCAUGGAAGCGCUUGCCGCUCAGCACAGCAUCGAAGCGCCAGGUCAUUGCGAUCGGGGCCAUCUCAACGGUUCGGGCCGACCUCCGGAAAAAGUUCACGGCAGACGCGGCCUCGUUUCAAUAA